UAAGGAUGGAUAAAAUUGACGAUAAUCUUGGUGUGGAAAAUAAAAGUGCCACCUCAAGAAAAUCAAAUUGCAUCGAUCAUAUCGGUUGCUGAACGUGUUCUUCAUUCCUAGUAUCCUGCUAGGUUUCAGCAAAUUUCCAAGCCAAUUUGGCUCGUUCUGCUACCAAACGAAUCAAAACCCAUCUACUCUCACACUCCCACCUAACCAUUUACCCCAUUCAUUUCACUCUUUCUCUCCAGUUUCUCACAAAAAAAGAAAGAAAUUAAAAUGGCUGCUCUUGGGAGUCCCACUUCUCAAAUGGACGCCAUACCCGUUGAUGGACCUCCAGAUCCAAGGGCUUCUAAAGAAGCUGGGAUGAACAAGUAUACUCUUCUCUGUGCUCUUUUAGCCUCCACAAACUCCAUUCUAUUGGGUUACGGUGAGUCAUUUUCCUCUGUUUUUUACCGUUGCCUGUUGUUCCAAAUGUUUGAUCUUUUUCUCCACAAUCACAUCCAUCAAGUAUCCUUUCUGGGUUUUCAUACCAAUUGGCCAAUAAAUAUGUUUGCAGAUAUAGGGGUGAUGAGUGGGGCAGUGCUUUAUAUCAAAGAGAACAUGAAAAUCUCAUCCACCCAAGUUGAAAUCUUGGUAGGCUCCCUUAACGUAAUGUCUCUAAUAGGAUCACUUGCCUCUGGUAAAACAUCGGAUUAUAUAGGCAGACGUUACACUAUAGUCUUAGCUGCAUCAACAUUUCUAAUAGGUGCACUCCUUAUGGGCUUAGCACCAUCCUAUCCAUUCCUAUUAACAGGACGGAUCAUCGCUGGCAUCGGAGUGGGCUACGCCCUCAUGAUCGCUCCGCUUUACUCCGCCGAGCUCUCUCCGGCCAUGAAACGGGGAUUACUCACCUCCCUCCCAGAAUUCUUCAUCACAUUUGGUAUAUUACUUGGUUAUAUAUUUAACUAUGCCUUGUCAGGCCUCCCACCAAACAUAAAUUGGAGACUAAUGGUGGGACUCGCUGCAUUGCCAGCAAUUGGUAUUGGUUUGGGAGUUGUGGUAAUGCCCGAGUCACCUCGUUGGCUCGUGAUGAACGGCAAACUCAAUGAAGCAAAAAGAGUUCUAAGAAAAAUCUCUUCCACAGAAGCCGAAGCGGAGUUGAGAUAUGAGGAAAUAAACAAGGCCGCUGAUUUGGUCACAAACGCAGAGAAAAGCGAUUGGCAUGGGCAAGGUGUUUGGAAGGAGCUUUUGAUAAGGCCAGCACGGCCCAUUCGCCGAAUGCUACUCGCAGCUGUUGGAAUCAAUUUCUUCAUGCAAGCUUCGGGAAACGACGCCGUCAUCUAUUACUGCCCGGAAGUGUUCAGAGCCGCCGGGAUUCACAACAAAAAGGAGCUUUUUGGUGUGAAUGUGAUAAUGGGACUAGCCAAAACGUCGUUUGUGUUGCUCUCGGCUUGUUAUUUGGACCGGUUUGGACGACGACCCCUUUUGUUGUUGGGCUCAGUUGGGAUGGUCGUUGCCCUUGGCUGCCUAGGCUUGGGCUCGACGUUUCUGGAGCAUUCCAGUAGCAAACCCACAUGGGCCAUUGUGUUGUGUAUAGUGGCAGUGUGUGCUGAUGUGUCGUUUUUCUCAAUUGGACUUGGGCCAAUUACUUGGGUUUACUCUUCGGAGGUGUUUCCAAUGAGGAUGCGGGCUCAGGGUACAGCACUGGCCAUAUCGGUGAACCGAUUGAGACAAAAGGCUUAACCUUGGAAGAGAUGCAGACUAUUUUUGAAGAUCAAAAUGCUAGUAGUAAAAGUGACAAGGAAAUGACAGAGAUAUAAUUAAAGGCUUUGUGUCUGAUUUUUUUUUAUU